AUGGGUACAACGGCCAGCACAGCCCAGCAGACGGUCUCGGCAAGCGCCCCCUUUGAGGGCCUCCAGGACGGUGGCUCGAUGGAUGGUCGGCACUCACUCAGCGUCCACUCCUUCCAGACCACGGGCUUGCACAACAGUAAGGCCAAGUCCAUCAUCCCCAACAAGGUGGCCCCCGUCGUGAUCACGUACAACUGCAAGGAGGAGUUCCAGAUCCACGAUGAGCUACUCAAAGCCCAUUACACACUGGGCCGGCUCUCAGAUGCCACUCCCGAGCACUACCUGGUACAGGGCCGCUACUUCCUGGUGCGGGAUGUGACUGAGAAGAUGGACAUGCUGGGCACCCUGCAGAGCUGUGGGGCCCCCAACUUCCGGCAGGUGCGGGGCGGGCUCGCUGUGUUCGGCAUGGGACAGCCCAGCCUCUCAGGGUUCAGGCAAGUCCUCCAGAAACUCCAGAAGGAUGGACACCGGGAGUGCGUCAUCUUCUGUGUGCGGGAGGAGCCCGUGCUGUUUCUGCGAGCUGCUGAGGACUUCAUAUCCUACACGCCUCGAGACAAGCAGAAUCUUCACGAGAACCUCCAGGGCCUUGGACCCGGGGUCCCGGCGGAGCGCUUGGAGCUGGCCAUCCGGAAGGAGAUCCACGAUUUUGCCCAGCUGAGCGAGAACAAGUACUACGUGUAUCACAACACCGGGGACCUGCGGGGGGAGCCCCACGUCGUGGCCAUCCGGGGCGAGGACGAUGUGCAUGUGACUGAGGAGGUGUUUAAGAGGCCCCUCUUCCUGCAGCCCUCCUACAGGUACCACCGUCUGCCCCUGCCAGAGCAAGGGGCCCCCCUGGAAGCCCAGUUCGAUGCCUUUGUCGGUGUCCUCCGGGAGACUCCCAGCUUGCUGCUGCUCCAAGAUGCCCACGGGCCUCCUCCUGCUCUCCUCUUCAGCUGCCAGACAGGCGUGGGCAGGGCCAGCCUGGGCAUGGUUCUGGGCACACUCCUCCUGUUUCACCGUGGUGGGACCGCCUUGAGGCCAGAGGCUGCCCCUAUGAAGACCAAGCCGCUGUCCAUGGAGCAGCUCGAGGUGGUCCAGAACUUUCUCCACACAGUGCCCGAAGGGAGGAGGAUGGUGGAGGAGGUGGACAGAGCCAUCGCCGCCUGUGCAGAGCUGCACGACCUGAAGGAAGUAGUCCUGGGAAACCAGAGGGAGCUGGAAGGCAGCCGGGCCCAGGGAAGCAGCAGCCAGCACGGUGUCCAGCAGAGGGCGCUUCAGAGCAUGGAGCGGUACUUCUACCUGAUCCUGUUUAACUACUAUCUCCAUGAGCAGUACCCGCUGGCUUUUGCCCUCAGUUUCAGCCGCUGGCUGUGUGUCCAUCCUGAACUGUACCGCCUGCCUGUGACGCUAAGCUCAGUGGGGCCUGUGGCCCCCAGGGAUCUCAUCGCCUUGGGCUCCUUGGUGAGUGGGGCAGAUGACCUCGUCUCCCCGGAUGCACUCAGCACCGUCAGAGAGAUGGACGUGGCCAACUUCCGUCGGGUGCCCCGUUUGCCCAUCUACGGCACGGCCCAGCCCAGUGCCAAGGCCCUGGGGAGUAUCCUGGCCUACCUGACUGACUCCAAGAGGAAGCUGCAACAGGUUGUGUGGGUCAACCUGAGGGAGGAGGCCGUGCUGGAGUGUGAUGGGCGAACCCACAGUCUGCGGCGGCCUGGGCCCCCCAUGGCCCCUGAACAGCUGGAGAACCUGGAGACCCAGCUGAAGGCCCACCUGACCAGGCCUCCUGCAGAUGCCGAGGGCCCGCGGACACACAGAUUCCAGACGUGCCUUACGAUGCAGGAGGUCUUCAGCCAGCACCGCGGGGCCUGCCCCGGCCUCACCUACCACCGCAUCCCCGUGCCAGACUUCUGCGCCCCUCGCGAGGAGGGUUUUGACCGGCUGCUGGGGGUCCUGCAGGCUGCCCUUGCCAAGGACCCGGGUACUGGCUUCGUGUUCAGCUGCCUCAGCGGCCAGGGCCGGACCACGACCGCCAUGGUGGUGGCUGUGCUUGCCUUCUGGCACAUCAGAGGCUUCCCCGAGGUGGGCGAGGAAGAGCUCGUGAGCGUGCCUGAUGCCAAGUUCACCAAGGGCGAGUUUGAGGUGGUGAUGAAGGUGGUGCAGCUGCUGCCCGAUGGGCACCAGGUGAAGAGGGAGGUGGACGCGGCGCUGGACACGGUUAGCGAGACCAUGACGCCCAUGCAUUACCACCUGCGGGAGAUCAUCAUUUGCACCUACCGCCAGGCGAAAGCGGCCAAGUCGGAGCAGGAGGCCCGGAGGCUGCGGCUGCGGAGCCUGCAGUACCUGGAGCGCUACGUCUACCUGGUGCUCUUCAGCGCGUACCUGCACCUGGAGAAGGCCGGCUCCUGGCAGAGGCCCUUCAGCGCCUGGAUGCGGGAGGUGGCAGCAAAGGCCGGUGUCUACGAGAUCCUCAACCAGCUGGGCUUCCCCGAGCUCGAGAGCGUGGAGGACCAGCCCUUCUCAAGGCUGCGCUGCCGGUGGCAGGAGCAGAACCGUGGCCCUGAGCUCUCCGCCACAGGGGACUUCCUGUAG